AUGAACAACGAUCAAUUCCGGCGGCUGCUUGCUGACAAGUCGGUCUCCUCAACAUCCAAAAACGCAUCCUCCCCAUCAGCCCGCGAUGCAGCCCCGGGAGGCGCAACACCCAGAGGAGCAUUGGGCUCGCGCAUGCGCUCCAGCAUCCCCAUGACACCCCGCUCCGUAACAGGCAUCGACUUCGCGCGCCAGCUAGCCGACCAGCGCAACGACCAACGCCCCACAAAGCGAUUCAAAUCCUCCGCCGCCCCAAAGGGCACAAAACUCCCAUCCGGAUACCAAGACCGCGCACAACAGCGCAGCACACAAGAUGACGACGAGAUGGAUGAGGGCGGCGGAGAUGACGUCCAGAAACGCGUGCGCGCGCUAGAGGAGAUGGUGAAACUGGGCCAGAUUGAUCAGGGUACUUUUGAGAAUAUUUGCAAGGAACUGGGCGUUGGUGGAGAUGUAGGCAGUACGCAUAUGGUUAAGGGGCUUGAUUGGGAGCUUCUGAGGAGGGUGCGUGCCGGGGAGGAUGUUUCGCAGGCUAAGGAGAAGGAGGUUGCGUCUGCUCCUGUGCAGGGAGACGCUGAGGAGACCGAGGAGAAUGCAGACGAGGCGUUUGAGCGGUUGAUGGAGGAGAAGGGGAUGGAGGAGAUACAAGCUGCACCGAGGGUGAAGGAGAAGAAGAAGGGAACUAUGGCGCCACCACCGCCGCGGAAGAAGACUCGAGAUGAGAUUCUGAAGGAGCUUAAAGCUAGCCGUGGUGCAGCUGCACCACCGCCGCCGCCGGAGCCAUCGCUCGGGUCCAAGUUCAAGAAGUUUGGUGAUCGGAAGCCGGAGAAGAAGCGGUUUGUUGAAACGGACGAGACGGGGAGGCGGCGCGAGGUAUUGCUUAUUACGGAUGCGGAGGGCAACACGAAGCGGAAGACGCGCUGGCUUGAUCCGCCGGUUGAAACCAAACCUGGACUUCCUAUGCCUGACAAAAGUGUGCAGCCACUUGGGAUGGAGGUUCCUGCUGAGAUUGCAGCGAAGGCUGCAGCUGCAGCUCCACCGCCAGAGGAAGAGGAUGAUGAUAUCUUCGCGGGGGUCGGGGCCGAUUACAAUCCCCUCGCCGACCUGGAAGAUGAUGAAGGGUCUUCGUCAAACGAGGAAGGCGAGGACACUGCCCCGAAGCGUGAAAAAGCUCCCAAGGAAGCGGAGCACCCUGCUAUUGAUUCUACAGCGCCUUCCAAACCACGCAACUACUUUGCGACGGGCGCCUCUGUCACCGAACCCGAAGAACCAGAAGAUCGCUCCAACCCCCUCGCAAAGGAUCCAACCAUCCUCGCCGCACUCAAACGAGCAGCAGCACUGCGCCAAGCAUCGCCCUCCGCCGAGGACGAGGAGUCCCAGGACAAAGAUGCCGCUCUGCGAAGCAAGCGGUUCCUCGAAGAGGCGCGGCGCCGAGAUGCGCUGGACGCGGCGGACAUGGACCUUGGGUUUGGGGGUAGUCGGAACGAAGACGGCGAGGAUGAGGAAGCGGUUCUGCUUGAUUUUGAGGAACGCGGUGGCAAGAAGCGGAAGCGGGGCCCCAAGAAGAAGAAGGGGGAUAAGGAUAGUGCGGCGGACGUGAUGCGCGUGGUGGAGGGGCGCAAAAAGGAUGCGGAAUAG